UCUUUCUUGUAGUGUCCCUCGUUAAAAUUAGCUUCACAUUCAAAAUCUCUAACAAUAUUUCGGUGCUCUAAAGGUUGACACAAGGAGAUGCAUGAUAUUUCCAAACUUCCCAAUUAAAUCCAAUAAUCUUAGAUUCACAUGUCGAAAUCAACUAUAUAUAUGUAUGAGGUGCGAGUGGCAACAUAUAUUAGUGUGAUUAGAUAACUAAAUUAAUUGGCAAGUAUAUAUGGCUCGCACAAACCACUCAACACAAGUUGAUGAGGCUGCUCAAACACCUCCACAACAUGAGACACCUCCUCCGCCGCCUCCACCUCCGCCGCCGCCGGUGCCGCUGCUGUCGAUGGCUCGAAUAGGCCUGAUUAUGAGGAUCAUCACCUUGGCUUUUCUCAUAUUGUCAGUGAGCCUUUUAGCUUCCAAUUCCACCACCAUCAGAGUUGGCGAUUCCACCACCACUCUUCACUUCAACGAUAUUUACUCCUACCGGUAUGCACUUGCUACUGGUGUGAUAGGAUUGUCCUACACGUUCUUGCACCUGCUUUCUUCAAUACAGCAAGUGAGAUCAGGAAUGUUGCUCGCUAAUGAUCCCAAAAUUCUUCUCUAUGAGUUUCUUGGAGAUAAGGUGAUAUUAGCACUGGUAGCAACAGGGGUGGGUGCUGCAUUUGGUGCGACAGUAGAGCUGAAGACGAAGAUAGAUGAAUUAGAGGAUGCGUUUGAAGUGUAUCUGGACACCACCGCCUUUGCCCCAAUUGUGUCCAAAUUGGAUGACUUUUUCAAUAGGGCUUAUUUCCCGACUAUAUUCCUUCUCAUGGCAUUUCUUACCAUUGCAGUUUCGUCGGUUCUCUCAUCUUUGGCUCUUAACAACAAGACCACUUAGUUCAGCUACACUGCUAUAAUAAACGAUUACCUCAUCAUGUAAUGCCCUGCCCAUAUUGUCUCAUGUAUGUAUAUUAUUUUUCUCUACAUCCUUGCACUUCAAAA